ACAGUUCGCUAUGAUGGUCAAGGAGACGACAAAGAUUGUGUUCUUACGAAUGAAAUCCCCGAAGGUAUGUAAAUGAGUGACAAUUAAUGAAUCUCCGUCCUUUGAGUGUAAGAUUUAUGUUAUUUUAGCAAGUAAGAAGCCUUCAUCACACACUGUUCCCGCCUGCAGUACCCACUCCUCUUCUAGGCGUUAACCAGCAGCUUCCACCAGGGUGUCCUAAAAUGAACAUUAUUGUGAUGAUGAUAAUGAUGAUUAUUGCGACUACUUUUUUUUUCUUUUUAACUUUGUCUAUUUAAUUGCUCUUUCGUUAUAUUAGACUUCAAGCUCGCCGACUUCCCAUAUGCUAUCAAGGAUUUUAUUCUGCAACUAGAUAUUGAUUCCUCGCCAUUUCAAAAGAACUGGAAACAUGUCGCUCACAGGUUUGAAAUUUCCAAACAAGACAUUCAACUUGUGGAGACAGAGAGCAAGAAGUCAGGAGUCAGCGCAAUAAGACUUUUGAUUGGAAAGUUGUGCAGUUUCAAAUGUGCUACUCUAAAAGAGUUCGUAGACGUCCUCCAGGAGCUGGAACGCAACGAUGUUGCCAACGACAUUAUUAACUGGUUUAGGAAAAAACAGGACAGAUGUUUAGAGGAGGGUAAGAAUUGA